CAACAACCAGAAUCGAAUCGCGCGCUUGCAGUGUAAACAUCUUCGGGAAUUAUAACCGGAGCCCUUUAGUUUUGUAAAGCGCUUUCAGUGUUUACACAAGACUAAUUAUUAUGGACUGAGGUAACUAUGUUAACCUGUGCUCUAGUGUGAAAGCUGCCACUGGCACAGGGUUAGCACAGUUAGCUUGUUUGCCAGCUGAGCAGAUUUGCUCAGUCACUAUAAACAUUCACUCUGUUCUUGUUUAUCUGUUUAAAUAAUGCUCAGUUGGCCAAAACACAUAGAAAGCAAAAACAGAACUAAUGUAUUUCGACUACAUAGCGAAAUAAGUAAUAUUCUGCUAAUAUAGCAAACUCAUUAUUAGCUGACGUGUUGGACAUGUUUGCUUUGCUAGCUAACUUCAGACCACAGUGACUACAAUACAUCUGUUUAUGGUUAAAACUGAGUAAGAAAAUAAACAUGAAUUUAGAGAGUAAUGUUUAUUAUGCGUAUUUGAGGUUUGACUUCUAAUUUGGGUUUAAAUCAGUUUAGCUUCGCACUCAAUAUAAAAACCAGAUGACAUUCAGUUCAAUAUUUAUCAUAAUCCACCAUAUGAUUUCAGCAGUGUGAUGCCCACUGAGUUCUCAACCCAGUGGUCACAUUUAAGGUUAUAUGGUUAUUUUAAAUUAUAUGAUUGUAUGCAAACAAUUUAACGAAAAUGCCAUGCUAUUACCAUGUUUUUACCAUGAUACAUGAAUGUGGUAACCAAUCAGUACCAUGAUGUAUAUAAGUACCAUGCUGUUACCAUCCGAUGCCAUCACUGUGCCAUAAUACUUUAUUGCCACAGUACUUGUGUGUGUGUGUGUGUGUGUGUGUGUGUGUGUGUGUGUGUGAAAACUGCAGUGAUUCUACAAGGUAAUCGCAUCAAUCAAACCAUAUGUUAUGAUUUCAUAAUUUCCUUACAGAAUGGCGCUACAGCAGGCCUUACGUUUUUGUGGCCCUGCUCCACCACCAAACACAGUACUGCGAGGACCUCCUCCAUUACUACGACCGCCACCUCCGCCCUUCGGCAUAAUGAGAGGACCCCCACCACCACCCAGACCCCCUUUUGGACGGCCACCAUUUGACACCAGUAUGCCACCUAUACCUCCGCCUGGAGCUCUGCCCCCACCCAUAGGACCCCCACACCUACAGAGGCCACCAUUCAUGCCUCCACACAUCGGAAACAUGCCGCCUCCUCCUGGUAUGAUCUUUCCACCUGGAAUGCCUCCAUCACCAGCAACUGGAGGAGCUUCAAGUGUUCCCAGUGAUGAUAUCUGGGUAGAGAACACCACGCCAGAGGGAAAGUUAUAUUACUACAAUUCCCGGACACGAGAGUCUGCCUGGAACAAACCAGAGGGUGUGAAGAUCAUCCAGCAGUCAGAACUCAAUCCUCUGAUGGCAGCAGCUCAAUCUGGUGGUGCUACAGUGGCUCCAAACAGCUCUAUCUCCACUGCAGUUAGCAGCACUGCCACAGCUGUGCCUUCCCCAGUCUCCACCCAGAGCUUGUCCCCCACCCACACCCUUAGCACCAGCCCAGACCCCAGCACCAGCCCGACCCCUGCCACCUCCCAAUCCUCCACCACUUCUGGUGUUACUGAAAUGCCUCCAGUGGCCUCCACCCCUCCGGCCAGUGUGGCUGUGACCCAUGUUACUGUGGUCAGUGUUCCUACAGUAACAGCUACAGUCACUGCAGUGCAGACGAUGCCACUGUUACCUCAAAGUCUCCCUCCAGGCCUGCCUGUGGCCCAGCCACCUCCUGGAAUCCCAUCAUUCCCACCAGUCAUGGUACCUCCAUUCAGAGUGCCUCUGCCUGGAAUGCACAUCCCACUGCCGGGUGUGCUGCCAGGCAUGGGCCCUCCUCUAGUACCCAUGAUGCACCCACAGCUGACUAUAACUGCAGCUCCUGCAUCCCUGGCUAGAGCUUUUCCUCUUCCUGAAUGGACGGAGUACAAGACGGGCGACGGGAAGAUCUACUAUUACAACAAUCGCACACUGGAGUCCACCUGGGACAAACCUGCGGUGCUGAAAGAGAGAGAUAAGAAGAGUGAUAAAGCUAAAGAUGGUCAAACUGAUGAUGAUUCAAAUUCCAAGGAUAUAGACAUGGAAGCCAAGGUUGACCCCUUUGGCAUGUCAAAAAUGUAUGCCUCUAACAAACAUCGGUGGCGAACAGAUCAACUGAAUGUAAACAAGUUCACAGAAACUGAGUUGCCCAGAGAGGAAGAGAUGACAGAGGAGGAAAAAGCAGCACAGAAGGCCAAACCUGUAGCCACAAACCCUAUUCCUGGUACUCCCUGGUGUGUGGUCUGGACUGGAGAUGAACGUGUAUUUUACUACAACCCAACCACACGACUCUCCAUGUGGGACAGACCUGAGGAGCUGGUGGGCCGUGCUGAUGUGGACAAAUACAUUCAAGAGCCCUCCCACAAAAGAGGGCAAGAUGACAUCAAGAAAACAGGCAUCAUCAAAGAGGAGACUGACCCAUUUACAGAAGAAACCCUGGAAGAUGAGCCUUCUGAGGCUAAGAAGAGGAAGAAGGAUGAUACGAAGGAGAUGGAGGCAGAGAAAGAUGCGGCCGUGGAGGCCGAGCUGAAGGCUGCUCGUGAUCGGGCACUGGUGCCCCUGGAGGCCCGCAUGAACCAGUUCAGGGACAUGCUGCUUGAGAGAGGGGUUUCAGCUUUCUCCACCUGGGACAAGGAGCUCCACAAGAUUGUGUUUGACCCUCGAUACCUGCUGCUCAACCCCAAAGAGAGGAAACAGGUGUUUGAUCAGUAUGUGAAGACUCGUGCUGAAGAGGAGAGGAAGGAGAAGAAGAAUAAACUCAUGCAGGCUAAAGAUGACUUUAGGAAGAUGAUGGAAGAUGCCAAACUCAACAUUAGGACUACGUUCAGUGAGUUUGCAGCAAAACACGCUAAGGAUCCUCGAUUCAAGGCCAUUGAGAAGAUGAAAGACAGAGAGGCUAUGUUCACAGAGUUUAUGAUUGCUUGGAGAAAGAAGGACAAAGAAGACUCUAAGAACAAAGUAGAUAAGGUGAAACAGGACUUCUUUGAUUUACUGUCAGACCACCAUGUGGACAUUUCUCAGCGCUGGAGCAAAGUGAAGGACAAGCUGGAGACAGACCAGCGCUACAAAGCCGUGGAGAGCUCAACUGCUAGAGAAGAACUGUACAAACAAUAUGUGGAGAAGCAGUCAAAGAGUGUGGACUCUGAGAAGGAGAAGGAGCUGGAGAGACAGGCUCGUAUCGAGGCCAGUUUGAGGGAGAGAGAGCGGGAGGUUCAGAGAGCACGAUCUGAACAGACCAAAGAGAUCGACAGAGAGAGAGAGCAGCACAAACGAGAGGAGGCCAUACAGCACUUCAGAGCUCUCAUGUCUGAUAUGGUAAGGUCAACCGAUGCUUCCUGGUCUGAAACAAGGCGCAAUCUGCGUAAAGACCACCGGUGGGAGUCGUCCUCUCUGCUGGAGCGACAUGAGAAGGAGAAAUUAUUUGAGGAGCAUGUGGAGGCUCUUACCAAGAGAAAGAAAGAACAUUUCAGGCAGCUAUUAGAUGAGACCUCUAUGAUCACUCUGACCACCACGUGGAAAGAGGUGAAGAAGAUUAUCAAAGAAGACCCACGCUGCAUCAAGUUCUCUGGCAGCGAUAGAAAAAAACAACGGGAAUUUGAAGAUUACAUAAAGGACAAAUACAUUACAGCCAAAGCUGACUUUAGAACUCUACUGAAAGAAACAAAAUUCAUCACAUACAGAUCACGGAAGUUCAUGCAGGAGUCAGACCAACACCUGAAGGAUAUUGAGAAAAUCCUACAGAAUGAUAAACGUUAUUUGGUCCUCGAGUGUGUUCCCGAGGAACGCCGCAAACUCAUUAUGUUCUAUAUUGAGGACCUGGACCGCCGGGGACCCCCACCGCCCCCAACGGCCUCAGAACCCACCCGCCGCUCCACGAAGUGAGGUACUACUGCACAUCAAAGGACUUUAGCAUGAGUCGGCUCUGCAUUCAUCAUAGCACAGUGUUAAAGACAUCAUGUAACUUCGAAACGUCUGUGUUAUCUACUCAAACUGUGUGAGAAGAUGGCCUGUAUGCCCUCUAGUUGUAGGCUAGCACUAGGCAAAUUGUUAAAGGAAUAGUUCACCAAAACAUUGUAAACUAAAUUAAUUCCAACCCUGUAUUAUGUUCUUUCCUCCAUAGAACACAGAAGGAGAAUGUUAGGGGCUGACAACCUCUGUCACCAUUCACUUUCAUUGCAGUUUUUUUCCAUACAGUGAAAGUGAAUGGUGACCAAUGCUGUCAUUCUGCAUUUGUGUUCCGCAAAGAAAGUCAUACGGGUUUGGAGCAAUAUGAGGGUUUCAUUUUGGAGUGAACUAUUCCUUUGAAAUCAAUCUUUGAAUUUACAGGUUUAAUUAAAUGCAUUUGUACAUCUGUCAUGCUUGGUACUGCAGCCUCUUGUGGAAAUUAUUUGAAGUAUCAAUUAAAGUAGGCUGCUAAUACAACAGGACAAUGCAGGUAAGAGUCAAUCAAGUCGUGUACCAUCCAGUACGUGUAUAUGAAAUGUUUCUUAAAGUGGUUUGAUUUGGACAUGUUGCUAUAUUUCUGUAUGUGUGUUUACUGGAAAUAAAUGCAACCUUUUUUGUUUUUUA